GUUCGACUUCGUUGUCUGGCUAGCAAGCGGCACCGGCGAUCGACUGAGCCUGCCUCUCUCUCUCUCUCUCUCUCUCUCUCUCUCUCUCUCUCUCUCUCUCUCUCUCUCUCUCUCUCUCUCUCCCCCUCUUCUCUAGAGAGAACGACGUACGCUCGUCGAGUCCAUCAGCCGUCGACCACCAUGGCCGCCAUCGCCGCCGUUGCUGCCGUCGCCCCGAGCACAUUCGCCGGCCAGACUGCUCUCAAGGAGCAGAGCGAGCUGAGCCGCAAUGUCGGCCAGUCGGAGUCUCGCGUUGUCAUGAGGAGGACCGUCAAGUCCAGCGACAGCCUGUGGUAUGGCCCCGACCGCCCCAAGUACCUUGGCCCGUUGUCCGGUGAAACUCCAUCGUACCUGACUGGCGAGUUCCCUGGCGACUACGGCUGGGACACCGCUGGACUGUCCGCAGACCCCGAGACGUUCGCUCGCAACAGGGAGUUGGAGGUGAUCCAUGCCCGCUGGGCCAUGCUCGGCGCGCUCGGCUGCCUCACUCCGGAGCUGUUGGCCAACAGUGGCGUCAAGUUCGGCGAGGCUGUGUGGUUCAAGGCCGGCGCUCAGAUCUUCUCUGAGGGUGGGCUAGACUACCUGGGCAACCCCAACCUCGUCCACGCUCAGAGCAUCUUGGCCAUCUGGGCCUGCCAGGUGGUGCUCAUGGGCGCCGUCGAGGGCUACAGAGUGAACGGUGGGCCACUCGGAGAGGUGGUGGACCCCCUCUACCCGGGCGGCAGCUUCGACCCCUUGGGCUUGGCCGACGACCCCGAUACCUUGGCGGAGCUGAAGGUCAAGGAGCUCAAGAAUGGCCGCUUGGCCAUGUUCUCCAUGUUCGGCUUCUUCGUCCAGGCCAUCGUCACCGGCAAGGGCCCGUUGGAGAACCUGAACGACCAUCUGGCUGACCCGGUCGCCAACAACGCCUGGGCCUACGCCCAGAACUUCGUCCCUGGAUCUUAGAUGUAUAGACUAUACACUGUAUACAGGCUAAUCCACUAUUAACAUCAUACUCAGAUAGCACCAUGCACUACUUAGCUUUUUCUUGGAGGGCAGCUCAUGCCCAGAACUAGACAGGAUGCUAUGGCUGGGGGGGAGGGACUGGUCAUGAUGUUUCCUAAUUAAUUGCUCUGUUCUUACCACUGGCUGUAUGGCUGGAUAGCACUGCCGUUCAGUCUUAGCCUCUUAGGGGGCCUUCAUGCCCAUCAGCAAUCAGCCUAACCAUUAGAGCCGAUAAUUCUUGGUUGGAGCUGCACUCAGUAUUUUGAGUCAGUGACAACGUCCUGUGUACAUAACACCUAAUCAGUGAUCCCUAGUAAUUGUAUUCAAUACCUUUAUGAUAAAAUCUUCUUUGUCUG